GAAUUAUUGUGAUUUUCAGGUUUUAAUUUUUUUGAUACUAUUUAGAACAGUUUUAUCUAUACUAUGUGACAUGUUUCAUGUUAUGACUUUUUUUUGUUUCUCUUGAAACCUACGUUAAAAGUAGUCACAUGGCUAAUGAUUGUACUCAUUCAAAUGAGUUCCCGCGUAGGAUAGAUUUUGCUUCAUUUAGGAAAGAUAGAGAUAAGAUGAUAUUCUAAUAGGAGAAUAUUAGCUAAUAUUAAAGUUUUUACAACGGUUUAGUCAGUCGUCGCUUAUGAAUAACGCUGAAAACUAGCGGCGUUUCUUACCGAACCAGCUAGCUACCUCGGAUGAAUCAGACAAAGGAUGGUGCUCUUUGUCUCAAAUCGAUUACCCCGCUGACUAAUUCUUAAGUUUCUUGAUGACUUUUCUUUGAAAGAUACAAUUAUUCGAGGCAACGAAAAUUAAAUGUACAUAAAUAAUUUAUCUAGAUGGGGCUUGCCCGGCAAAUGUCUCGCGCGCGCUAGCUAUUUAUAGUAACAGUUGUGACCUCGUUUUUUCUCGAGAUGCUAAAACUUAUGUAAUAAUUGCAGAAUUUUUAUCGAGGAUGUUUUCGUUUCACAAACCAAAGACAUACAGAUCUUCUGAUGGAUGUUGUAUCUGUAAGGCUAAAUCGUCAUCUUCAAGAUUUACUGAUUCGAAAAAAUACGAGAAUGAUUUUGCCGAUUGCUUCCGUAUAGAAGAACGCCGAGCCGGUGAAAUUUGUAACGCCUGCGUUCUGCUUGUCAAAAGAUGGAAAAAACUACCCACGGGAUCAAAGAGACAUUGGCAUCAUGUAGUCGAUGCUCGAGCUGGGCCAGGUAGCAAAAGCCUAACACGAGUUAAAUCACGUCUGAAUCAGAGAUUGGAACAUUUUACAAAGUAUAAACACAAGAAGUUACCGUCAAAACGAGCUCCCUCCCGACUUUUUGCUAGAUCUCCAAGUUUGAUAUCAGAUGACAAUAUCAUUGUAUCAGAUGAAGAAUCAUCAGUCUCAUCAUCCGAAAGUGGUUCAGAAUAUCAAUCAAAACGCCGCCAGAGACGCGUAUCAGUUUCCCCUUUAUUAGAUCUGAGCUACUGGAAAACAAAGCACGUCUGUUGCGGUAUAAUUUUUGUUGGAGAAUUUGGGGAAACAAUCCUUGAUCCUAAGUUAAUUAGAGGUUGUGAGAAGUGCAUUCCAAACUAUUCAAGAACUCCAUCCGAAACUUCGAGUAUAAAAGAUUCUUUGGAGCGCCAAACAUCUUCAGGAAGCACAGUAGAAAGCGAUACGGAGCAGGCUGAGUAACAAAGAGUUUUUAAAAGCAAAAGUAUUUCUUUUUGGUUUUCAUAGCAUCCAACUUCCGGUUAUUUGACUGAAAUAAUCGCCACGAAGUUUUUGUAGUUGAAAUGUAUUUAUUAGUGUGAGAGUAUUUGAGAUUUGUAAGUGUUCAUAACUUAUUGCUGUUCAACUUGAUAUUUCAACCGCCGAAAUAUGUCAGGUGCUUUCCUCUUGAUGACUAAAGUUUUAUUGUAUAUUGUUUUUUUAGUUGAACUAUUUGUUACAAGAAUGCUCAAGCGAUUUGAAAGUCACAACAUUUUGUAAAAUGGACAUUUUGUACUUGUUUUCGUAUAUAUAUGUAUAUAUAUAUAUACAAUUUGUAUACAUUUUUAUUCUGGAUACAUUGUAGCUGAUUAUUAUUCAGACAAUGUUAAAUUCGAUUAUAGAUAUAGU